AUGGGUGAAGAACCCGAUGAUCAGUCACUUAGCGGGUCUUUGCUAGACAAGAUUCUCAAGGCUCUUGAUUUGACGUAUGACGCGUCAGUAGGGCUUCUUGACGGAGAACUGAUACGUCAAACCCCCCCCGUGGCCACAUUGGACGUGGUAGAGAAGUUACUCACGAGUUUGCUGAAGGAGUUAAAGGAGACAGAGCGUAUUGAUCAAGGGCUUUUGAAGCAGGUCCGGAUGGCACUUGGAGAACCAGAAGAGGACGAGAAUGUAAAUCUGAAAAAGAGGAAAGCGUCGCAAGCAUUUGGUGAUGAGAAAUCAAACGAUGAUGGUGAUGACGACGACGACGAUAUGGCAGUCAAUGUUGAUGGAAAUGAUAAUGAUGUUAAAAAGGAAGAAGAUGAAGGAGAAGACGGAGAAGAUGACGUAAAGCAAGAAGCCCCUAAGUCUGUGAGUAUAGCGACAGUCAAGAGUGGUACUGGUGGUCGAUCUAACAAAGACACAGAGAAAGACAAUGAAGAAGAUAAGAGUGGCAAAGAAGUUGAUGACGAUGAAGAAGAAGUAGUAGAAGAAGAUGAUGACGACGAUGACGAUGAAGAUGACGUGAGCUUAGCUAAAAGGAAACGAAGUACUCCGUUUGCAAAGAAGAUAAAACUACAACAAGAUGAAGAUUAUGGCAGCACCCCAAUAGAUUCCGAAAAGGAAGAGAUUGUUCUGAAACAGAAACUCAAACCGAACCUAAAUUCUAAAGACGACCCUGUGCCUCCUGUGCAGACUGUUUCGGCUACUCAAGGAAACGAUACUCGGUUGAAAAACCCCAAAUCGGAAUAUGUGGAACCUCAGACAUUAUCUAAGGAAGCCAUAGCUGAAUUAGGAUUGUUUUCAGCCGAUGAUAAUGGAUUAGAAACUCAAGGUACGGAAUAUCUUAAGAAAUUGUAUGGGGUUGCAUCGUAUCCCGAAAGAGACCUUCAAGAUAUGUUACCUGGUGCUAUACCUAACAUUGAUUUUUCCAAAAAUAAACCUCCAGCAAAUCAAGUUCAAUUCACUACGUUUCAAUCGUAUAUUGAAUCGUAUUUCCGGCCAUUCUCGGACGAAGAUAUCAAAUUUUUAAAGGAAGAUAACAUUGUACCUCCUGGGGUUGAAAAAUCUUAUGACCCUGAUAGUACGCCGUUUAUUAUACCCAAAUUGGGACAGUUCUAUGCUGAUGUAUGGACAGAAGAAGAUGCUAAUUUAGGAGCCAAGUUAAACUCUCCAGCAUACAAGCAACCAUCGAUAGAAACUUAUAUGGCCAAAGGUAACAUCGAUAACCUUUACGAUGAGAAACUCUACAGUGAAGAAAUCAGUUGUGGACCACUUUCAUCUCGGUUACUUCUGGCGAUACUAUCGACUCAUGAAGGAAAAUACUUUGAGGAAGGCGAUUUAGAUGACGAUGAGAAGCUCGAGUCGACUAUGGAUGAGAAUGUGGCUACACAAUUAAGUCUUGAUGACAAUUACAAGUUUAUUUCAGGGUCCAAUGAUUUCUAUUCACUUGAAGAGAGACUUAAGCGAGAAUUGAAGUAUAUAGGGAUUUUUAUGAAUGUUUCUUCUGGUGGUAGUGGUGGUAAUGAGGGGAAGGAAAAGAGUCGGAAGGCUUCCAAAGUUGGCAACGUUAUCGUGGAUAAUGAUGAAUGGAUUAAAAAUAAAGAAGAUGAUGAAGUGUGUGCUGAAAUCAGAGAAUUACAACAAGAAUUAAGAGAAGCAGUGGUAAGAAAUAGGCUGAACCGGAAAAGAUUGAUACCUGUGGUAGAGGAGCAAAUUGCUUAUCAAGAAUAUUGCAGUAUCUUGGAAGAUUUAGACAAACAAGUGGAUCAAGCUUACAUCAAGAGAUUAAAGUCUAAGAAUAAGAAGAAAAAGGUGGAAACAACCCAAACAGCUCAACAACAAGCAGCUAAUAUUGGACUUCGGGCAUUACUUGAAAAGAGAAAGAAAUGGAUAAGCAAUAUUGGAGGAAUUUUCAAGGCACCAGAGAUCAUGAAACGAGUUCCUGAUAAGCUGAUUCUUUCGGUAAAGGACAAUAAUAAUGAUAAUACUAAUAAUAAUACUAGGAUAAGUAAUGGUGGUGAUAAUGAGAACGAUUCAAUCCAUGAGGUUGAAGUUAAAGUUGAAGCAGAAGCCAAUUAA